GGGUGUCCCCACCACAGACCCGCACAUGCUGUCUCCUGCAGGAGGAGUGGGAGGCGACAUCCUGAUCGACAUUGGCUCGGGCCCCACCAUCUACCAGCUGCUCUCGGCCUGUGAGGCCUUCCGGGAGAUCAUCGUCUCGGACUACACGGAGCAGAACCUCCGGGAGCUGGAGAAGUGGCUGAAGAAGGAGCCGGGGGCCUAUGACUGGUCCCCAGCCGUGCAAUACGUGUGUGAGCUGGAGGGAGACAGGAGCAGGUGUCAGGAGAAGGAGGCACGGCUCCGAAGGACAGUCACUCAGUUACUGAAGUGUGAUGUGACCCAGCCACACCCCCUGGCACCAGCCCAGGUGCCACCAGCUGACUGCGUGCUGACCCUGCUGGCCCUGGAGAGUGCCUGUCCUGAUGCGGACGCCUACCGGGCAGCGAUCCGGAGCUUGGUCAGCCUGCUGAAGCCGGGCGGGCACCUGGUCACCAUGGCAGCCCUGCGCUCCCAGCACUACAUGGUGGGCGCCAAGAAGUUCUUUGGGCUCCACUUGGAGAAGGAGACGGUGGAGAAGGCCAUGCAGGAGGCCGGCUGCCAGGUGCUGCGGUGCGAGUACUGCCCCAUCAGCUACUCAGAGGUUCACUGCACCAACGAGGGCACCUGCUUUGUGGUCGCCCGCAAAGGCCCCAGGGCCUGACGACACCCUGGCACAGGGGCCCUGCCCCAAAGGGCAAGUCACAGCCAGAGUGGCCAGAGUCUCACCCACAGCCCUCUAAAAAUGGCUGAGCUUUAACUCCCCCCUUCACUCUGAUCAGCACAUCCCAAGGUCACACGAGAAAAGCAGGCCCUCCUCUCCCCUAGCCCAGGGAUCUGGCCCCCACACCCCUUCUUGUUCAUUGCGCAUCAAAAAUCAGGGAAACAAAGUGGCUCAACUAGAUAUUGUUGUGAUUUGGGUUCCCCCUCAGCAGACCCGGGGAAUAGGAUUUGAGUGCAAAGAGCUGAUUUGAGAGGGAUCCCAGGAAACAGACACGGGAGCGUGGGAAGGACAGCAGGAAGGCAGGGAGGUGACACAGGGUGUGUCAUCAAGCCGGUCACCACUGUGGAAACUCGCGCUCAUCUAUGGGGCAGGGCCUUGGGAGAUCCACCUGAGAGAGCAGGGCCUUUGUCCACCAGCUCCCAGUGUCACGGGUGAGGGCUUUCCCAGGGGCGUUAAUUGGCAGCAUCUUCAGCCUGCCUGUUCAUGGGCCAGAGGGGGAGACACGCUCAGGCAAAGACUGGCAGGGCUGGUUCCUGGAGGUGGGCCCCAGGCCAGUGGGACAGGGAGGGGGCUCCGAGAGCUCCCCCAACGGAUACAGAUGCCGCAUUGGCUCAGGUGUGGGGCCGGUUCUGGGCAGCCUGGCCCUUCUGCAGGAGGAGCACGACCUCAGGUUCUCAAAGGCCAAACAACUGCAAGAACUAGGUGACUUCUAGGCCAAACUCCUGCUCCCGCUCAGGUGGGAAAGCUAACAACUGGGAGGGGAGGUGACCGGCUCCUGACAGCUCAGUGAGUCAACUGCACAGCCUAAACAGGAGCCGGGAACCGGGUUAGGCUGGACCUGGGGCGAGACGGAGCUUCCAGGGAGUGGGUACAACGUGGGGCCAGGAGAGUCCACUGGGAACCGGUACCCAGCCAAUGGACCUGUGCCCUUGAUUUUUCUUGCUGAGGUCACCCCAUGGGCCCAGCACCCUGGCCUUAGGAGGGGAACCAGGCAUUCUGAGGCAGCUCCCCACAGUACCUGUGAGGCCAGGUUACUGCGGAUCUGGCAGGGGAUGGAGCCGCGGGGAUGGUCAGCUGAGCAGCCCACGCAGGGCAGGGAGUCAGGCUGUUCCAUCCAUAUGACCAAGAAAGCGAGCUCCUGGAGCUUAGGGAAGAACUAGGGUCAUGUCCCUAGAAGAACCUUCACAAGAUCAGCUGUCUCUGGACACCCUCCUUGUCCGCACAGAUGGUCAGCUCACAUCCCGGUCAGGUCCUGACACUGCGCUGCCAUGUUCUCCCUGGGAUGUGGGAGGGCGUCAGCCUUGGUCCACCCAAGCUUGGCUCCCGUGAAGCCCCUAAUGCUCUCUGAACUGUGGCAUGGGCCCCUCUCUGCUCCCAAUGUUCCAACCCCAGUCACGCUCCCCCGAGCAGCCUCCCAAGGCAAACGCAGUCACGCCUCUGCCCUGUUGAAACCCCGGGCCGCAGACUAAGGUCCCACACAUAACCUAACGGCCCACGAGGCCCUCCACAACCUCACUGCUGCCUCCUGUCCUGCAGCCACCAUGCAGGGCUCCUUGAACCAGGCCAGCGACCUCCCACCUGCACGUCCUCCCUACAAAGGACUCCUUCUCCCUCCUCCAGCCCAUGUCCCAGCUCUGAACAGCUUCCAACAAGCUGUGCAGGAAAGGGCAGUGCCAGGGGAAGGGCUGAGCCAGGACCCCUCAGCCAGAUGAAAGGGCAGCCUCAACUGCGAGCCUGCUGCUAAACCCAGUAUUUUCCAAACUGCUUCCACGGUGUUGUUGGGAGUCCCAGAGGUCAGUAGCAGGCGAGUCCUCCUCCUUCCAACCUCAGCUGGGACUUGGGGAGCUGGCAGGAGAGAAGGGGCAAUGGGAGACAGCAAUGACUUCCCAUGGCCACCAGAGAGCAGUGCAGGGCAGGAAGCUGCCAGCAGAGGUGCAGGGCGGGCAGAAGGCAGAGGUUCCUCAGGAAAGAAAACUGUGCUUGGGCCACCUUUUGGCUCACGGGGGCUAUGCUAGGCCUCACUGAGCCCAGAAGCCAGCACACUCAUAGGAGCCUGGAAACCCCUGGGCAGGAAGAAGCCAGAACUUCAUGUCUCUGUGGGUGCUGGACACUGAAUUUCAGCUGGGCGCCAGAGACCAGGGCUCUGCAAACGAAGGUGCCUGUGAGUCACCUGGGGAGCUUGUUUACCUGUGGAUCCUGAUCCAGGAGAUCUGAUGCAGUAGGCCUGGGAUUCUGCAUUGCCAGCAGGCCUCAAGGGAUCCAAACACUACUGGUCUGAGGGCCAUACUUGGAGGAUCAAGGCCCUGAGGAAUGCAUCUUGAAUUCUGACUUUUCCCUGAAAUAACAGGGCUGCUGGGCACAGCUUGGAGCUGGCACAGCUCACUUCUCUGGCUCCCGUCUCCAGGUGAGAGAGGGAGGAGCCCAGCACUCCACCCAGGAAAUACCCCACUCCCCUUCUCUUACUCCCAGGGGUGGGGGGCCCUCCGCCUCCCUCUGGUCUUUGACAGUCUUCUCCACCAGAUGGAACUUCUCCAGGGCAGGGGCUGGGGGUGCCCCAGACGCCUCACCGCAGCAGUUCCCUGUCAGACGCGGCAGGAUCUGCUGCUGCUAAAGCUGGUGUGUAUUUCAAACAACUGGACACCUUCCAGCCAGCCCUUGGUGACGAAGGUCCCCCCACAGCCACAUCACAUGCCCUCCUCUGAGCUCCUACGAGGCAGAGGGGACAGGGUGCUUUUGUUGCACAUUUCCAACUUGAGGCCCACAGAUGCAAAAUGACUUCCACAAAGGCAUCACCUUCAAUAUUCCCAGCUCUAGUCCCUCAGAGAAGCCUGGCAGGGGCUCGGGCUGGGGCUCGCACCCUGGAUAUGCAUUGCAAUCACCCAGGGAGCUGUCACCUUCCUGCAGCCCGGGUCUCCCCCCGACCAACUAGAUCAGAAGAUCUGAGGUACAGGCUGGGGGGCCCAGGCAGCAGUAUUUCAUGACAAUCUCCUGGUGAUUUGAAUGUGUAGCCAAGAUUGACAACUGCUGGCCUGGGCCAGGGCUUCUGAAACAUUACUUUACUCCUACACCAUUUGGGGCGCUGUGAACAUACAGAGUCUGAUUUGGCAGGGUUGUGGUGGGCUGGGAAUCUGCAUUUCUGACCUGUUUCCAUGUGAUGCCUCUGCUGCUGAUUCCAGAACCAGCUUGAGUAACAAGAGUACAGAGGGGGACUGAGGAAUACAGUACAGUGGUCCAAGUGUAAAGUAAUGACCCCUGAGGUACCACGUCCUUCAGGACCUGGGGUCUUGAAUGAAUCAGAAAAGGCCUCUCAAUCAUCAAGGCCAGAAAUCUCCGUGCUGCCUCUACUGUCAUUGGCCAUCCAAGAAUCACUCACCCCUCCCAGAAGCUCCCCCACAGAGCAGCUGUCUGUAUUUUAGCCCUGCUUACUGCCCGGCGCUCCCGACUACAGUGUCCAGCUGCCUCCACGUGCCUGGCCCUCGGCCCCUCUAACUUAGCAAGUCCUUAGACAAGACUCCCAUCCCCCACACGCUGCUCCUACCACGUUCCCACCCCAGAGGGGACACUUCCGUCCACGCUCUCACCCGUCUCAGCCUCCUUCCUCUCUCACCUCGGUCCCCACCCCGGCUCACCCCAGUCUCUUGAUGUUCCCCCAAACAGCUUCUCAGAUCCACUCAGCUGCUCUCAACCCCAUCACUGCCCUGAACCCAGCUGUUUGAGCUUCACUUCCAGUCCGCAGUGGUUUCCUGACCAGCCCCGGCCUCCGGAUCCAUCAAAUUGUGUCUCUUUCCAUCUUUUCCACCAGACAGUGAACUCCCUGGAGCACGUUGUCCUUAACCACAUGCAGGGCCUGCCACACAGGAGGUGUCUGUUAGAUGCUGUCUGCAUGAAGGACAGAGUCAGGGGCCCUGGUGUCCAGUCUUGGCUCUUUUCACUUUCUUGCUGAUUGCGGGGACACCCUUUGUCCUCCCUGGCCUCACUCUCCUCAUCUGAAACUGGACCCAGUGAUGCUGAAACAUCAGUUUUGAGAUCCUGGGAGGAGAUUGUGACUUGUUCCUGCUCACUGCUCACCCCAGGCCAGGAGGGACAGCUGAGUGGCCCAGGAGAGAACUGCCAGGGGCCUCCUGAGCUCAGGCGUGACAGGUAAACAGAGAAGAGAUGCGUUUUUCCCCUCCCUGUCUCCUCACCCUUAGCCAAGCCCUCUCCUGAACCUGGAGCCCCCGGGCUUGAGAAAGGUCAGGCUGUCCCCACCUCCGGACUCAUGGCAGCAGGAUGGACAUCACAGGGAGCUUGUUAGAAAUGCAGACUCUCAGGUCCCAGCCCCGACCUGCUGCAGCACAUCCGAAUCUUAACUAGAUCCCCAAAGGCUUUGAUGCAUAUUAAAGCCUGAAAGGGACUGAUCUAGAACUGGAGAAAUGAAGACAGGAAACAGAGGGGGAGGAGGGACAGAGAGAGGGAGACAGCCUCCUUGCUCGUGGCCUCCUCUGGGCCCCCCUCACACUCAGCCUCUCAGCUCAGUUGUGACAGGUCCCUGCCUCACAGCUCAGAGGAACUCCUCCCUCCUCACUCCGUCCCUUCGCCACCAGAUCACCCUUUUAUUUCCUUCACCUCACAUGUCGCUGUCUUCCCUUCUCCAUCCCCUUCCCUCCCUGGAAGAGUCAUUGCCUCCAUUUCCCUGCUGUAUCCCCAGUGCCCUUCACCAGCUCCGUGCCCCACCAGUAUUGUUCAAGAAAUCAGUUGACGAUGUGAAACUUACAAUUGUGGACUUGGUGCUGCUACAACCUUCUCCCUUUGAACUUCAGAGCUGCUGAAGCCAUCUAAUCCAGCGGCUUUGUCUCAUUCUUUACAUUUCCAUUGGCCCACAGUCCAACAACUUGGUGCUUCAGGCAGAACAUGGAGAAUUCAAAAGCGUGUUCAAAAGGGUAGGGUAGAUUGCCUUCCCUUUCCAGCAGCCAACAUGUCUUUGCAAAUGCCUUUGCUGCUUCUCCCACUGAGAGGUCAAGUCCAUUUCUCUCCAUCACCUCCCCUCUCCCCAUCUGGGUUUGCCAUGUGAGUUGCUUUGGCCAAUGCUAUAAUAAUAAAAGUGAUGCCACUGGGGCUUG